UAAGGAGUUCAUCGGACUAGUUCUCGUGUCGAAUGAGGUCCGCGAAACAUCAAUAUAUACGAUACCGCUUCUCAACUUUGAAAAUUAUCUCCGCAGUAAUCAAUUGUUUUUUUUGUCUUGUCUUCAGACAACUUUGUUUCUGUCAAGUAGUGAUAUAGUGAUUAGUACGUAUAUCUUUCAGAAAAAUUGACUUUUCUAUUGAUAUUUGGGAACCCCAAGAAACAAUCUUAGAUCUAGUUUUAUCGCAAAUAGUCGAAAAACAGUGUUGAUAGUAUUGAAACAAUUUGAGGUGAUUAAAAGUUUAUUAUUUCCAUCUAUUUAUGGAUAAAAUUCUAUUUUUUUAGAUGAAAAAGAAUUUGAAUUUUCUUGUGGUAAAAUAAACAAAAUUCGAACUACAAAGAGUCAAUGAAGUGCGUUGCUAUUUACAUGGACGUGAGGUUUACAAAAAAGUGUUUUCUACUCAAUUCAAAGGUUGACAAGGCUUAUCUAGAAUCAAAAACGCAUGCAAACAAGUGGACAUUGGAAAAUAAUCGAAACUGUGUUUAAUUUAUGAUGACCUUCGUAUUGGAAUACCAUCAAAACUUUGGUAAAGUUGGCUCAAGGAUUUCAGAAUGCGUCAAGCUACAACGGAGCAGCUUUGGAAUUUGGACAAUGCUUCAUUAAAAGGCAUAGAGUAUUCACUAAAUAGCGCAUCUCAUGAGACUCAGUUUAAAAAAACCAUGGCGAAAGUGAAAUUCCCAUACGACAAGAUUUCUGAAUCAUAUUCAGAAGCUGAGAAUACCAAAGCAAAGACGAAUUCUCAAAAACCAAAAAUUAUUCUGUGCAAAAAUAAUUCUAUCGAUUCUGAUACGUCGACUAAUGAUUCCACCAGUGAUGACACAUUGGAAUCAUCUCAUUAUUGUCCACCAAAUUAUUCGAAUAGUUUUGGUGACAUAAUUGAGCAAAUAAAAAAGUUGAGAUUCAUUCGAUCUUGCAGUAAAGUUGAAAAAAAAUUGCCAAAUUCGAGGAAGAAAUCGAGUUCAACAGAGUCAAUGGAUAAUAAUUCGAAACACUCUGAACUAACAAAUGAUGAUGACGAUGAUGCUCUCAACUCGAAUUAUUGUAAACAAUAUUAUCAAGUGAACAUAUACAAUGAUGAUAAUAAAAAAGAUAAAGACGAUGAGGAGAGUUUGAAUACGACUGAUCUGGAUAAUCAAUCAGAUGACGAUGGUGACGACGAUGGGAACCUCAUUGAACGAGGACCUGUCAGGCCUCAACUGAACGCGAUUCGAAGUAAGCCUUACGAUACUUUGGACUGGCUACUUCAAUCUGAUAACUAUUCACCUCUUGAAUGUUCCGAUAGACAUCGAACUGAAACCUCUGAUUAUGAAACCAGCAUUCAACAAUUGCUAACUGAUACUGAUUAUCGAGAAAGAAUUGAUUCCUGUCUGGACCAAUUGUCAGAUUCCAGUCAAAAAUCUCCUGUAUUCAAUGGAAAUUUGGAUUCAAUUUCUCGACAAAAAUUUUCCAAUUCCCAACAAUCAAUGACAUAUUCAUCAUCGAAAACUCCUCCCGCGAUUUUCGUAAAUAAUCCAGAAGGGACAUCACUCCUGGACAUUUUGGCUCGUGGUGGAUUUCAAGCAGCUCAAGUUUUCUCAGAUGGCGGAACUACAAAUGGUUCAUCUCCUGGAAUAAAUUCUGAAGUUUGGCCAGAUUCUCCUGCCAGUAGUUACAAUGUUAUUUCAUCUAGACCAAAUAGCCGUGCUUCGAGCAGAGCCCAAUCACCAGGAUCUGCUAUGAUGCCCAUCAACAUUGCAAGCAGUCCUGCUGGUUCACCUCAGAUUUCGUUAAAUUUUCGAUCUCCUCAGGGAUUUUCUUCCUCGUCUUCCUCUAAUCAAUCCUAUUGUGAAACGCCAAGUCCAGCGAAUUAUCAAUCACCUUUGGAUAGUCGAUCCGAGGAUCAACUUGACGAGAGAUUCAACAGAUUUGUAUCGUGGCAGGAGAGCAAUGAAUCUUCUGGAACUAUUGUCAAUACCGCUGAAUUAAUUGACGCGAUAGACAGCAAUGAACUUCAAUUAGUUGAGGAAGUUGUUCUAAAAGAAUUGAGUAGAAAGGGAAGUAAUUUGGAAGAAAUGCAAGUCGUCCCCAAUUCACAACUUGCCUUUAGAAAGUUCGAGUCUCUCCAAAGUCCACGAGAUAAAGAUUCUCGAUCUUCUUUGGAUUCUGAUCACGGAGCAGCAAGUGAAACGAGAAAUGAGAAUUGUCGAACCAACAUGAACUUCUUCAGUGACUCCUUAAACUUUGGAAGCACUGGCAGCAUUAUCAAUGAAGCUCAACAAAGUUUGGUGUAUCCAAAAAGUGGUGAUGGUUUUGAUUUGGUUUAUUCGGAGAAUCAAGCGUCUGUUGAUUGUUAUCGAGGAAAAAUUUCACCUGCCAACAAUUAUAUUGAAAAUUCAUCACCUGUCAAUAGUUACAUUGACAAAUCUUCUCCAGUGAGUUUGGAAAUUGAUGCAACAAUUGAAAACAUUAUUGCCAAUUAUUCAAAACCAAACAAUGGAGAAAGCACAAAUGUCAGUAUGAAUUUUGAUAUGAAUUUAUUUGAAUGUGCCAAAAGUACUUGUCCAACGUACAAUGUUCCUACAACCGUCCAAAAUCAUCAACAAAAUCCCAUUUCGCAGCCACCCACCACAUCUACCUUCAAUGAGUUCCAAGUGCCCGAGGUUGUAAGAAGACAUUCGAGACGUCAUGUGGCGCCAUGGUCUUCUCUAAAUCUUCCCACAACAAGGGCAUGUGAUAAAUUAAUUGAAGAAUUAAACCCCAAGGAUGUCGAAAGGGCUAUGGCUAGUCUGUUAAAGAAAACAUCGGAAGAAUUGGCGAAACCUGACAAAGACGGCGAUACGAUGCUGAUGUGCCUAGCAGGUAAUCCAGAUGAAUUAAUGAAAAAAAAAGCUUAUUUGCUACCUUUAGUGGAAAGACUAAGUACCAUACAUAGCGCAUUGUCUGUUAUGAACAAUCGUGGAGAGGAUGCUUUAUACUUGAUGGCAAUAAAUUGUCCACAAAUGGCGUAUGUUACGGGAUACUUGGCGGCCACAAUGCUUCAAAAAGGAAUUCACGUUGGUCAGAAAUUAUAUCAGCCACGGGGUGACACGUUGAUUCACGUUGUAGCAGAAAAAGGUGAUUCGCAUGAAGCUAUACUAGCUGAACUUCUUGCUCUCAAAACAAUUCGAGGAAAUGCCGUUUUUAACGUCUUAGCUCGAAACUAUGAAGGUAAAACCGCCCUUCAUUUGGCUGUGGAGUCUCAUGAUCCAGUAAGCAGAGGGGUAAAUUCAAUCUCAACAGUGCGAUUGCUUUUGAAAAAUGGAGCAGAUCUUUUGAUUAAAGAAGCAGUUCGAGGAGACACCGCCUUGCACUCUGCAGUAUUUUCAAGUUAUGAUCCUAUUCUUAUUAAGGCGUUGUUGGAAAGAAAUAAUCAUAAAGAGGCCUUAAACACGGGAAACUACAAUGAAAAUUCAUCAAUGCUCAUGUCGACAAUGUGCAAUGGAGUAAAUUUGGAGAGACAAAUAGAAGUCUGUAAACUAUUUUUGGAAAAUGGUGGGAAAACAACAAUUCCCAGUGGACACAGUUCACUGGAAUUUUUGCCCCCCGACAGAAAAAAUUCUAUUAAAACCGUGUACUACUGUCGAAGUAAAAUACACUAAAAUUUUUAAGAUCUCGAAAAAAAUAAUAAUAAUUCGUGAUUAAGGUUGUGAAUGUCUGUUUUUUAUGCGCAUACAGUAUAUUUAUACUAUACUUGGCAAGAAUAUUUCUAUUAUUUAAAAUAUUUUCCCUUUUUUAUGAUCAAACGAUGACCAUUAGUAUUUGUAUAUAUAAAGUUAUUCAAUACAAAAAACUUUUUAAUUUAAAUUCUUUUAUUCUGCUCUUGUAAAAUAAGUUUAUCAAUAUUGUACAAAACCUCUGCAUUUCAAAAAGUAAAGAAAUUUUUAAUUAAUUUUAA